AUGAUGUUGUCUCGUCGUGCAUGCUACAAGUGUGGUACCAUUGGCCACUACGCUGAGGUCUGCUCUUCCACCGAGCGUCUCUGCUAUAACUGCAAGCAACCCGGCCAUGAGUCGAGCAGCUGCCCUCUUCCCCGCACCACCGAGACCAAGCAGUGCUACAACUGCCAGGGCCUCGGUCACGUUCAAGCCGACUGCCCCACCUUGCGCUUGAACGGUGGCUCCAACGGCCGCUGCUACAACUGCAGCCAGCCCGGCCACCUUGCCCGCAACUGCACCAACCCUGCCGCUCCCGGAGCUGGCACUGGAGCCCCCACAGGUCCCGCCGCUGGUCGCGGAGGCCGUGGUGGCUUCCAGGGCGGCUUCCGUGGUGGUUUCCAGGGAUACCCCCGCGCCGCCACUUGCUACAAGUGCGGUGGCCCCAACCACUUUGCGCGUGACUGCCAGGCCCAGGCCAUGAAGUGCUAUGCCUGCGGCAAGCUCGGUCACAUCUCUCGUGACUGCACCGCACCCAACGGUGGUCCCCUGAGCUCCGCUGGCAAGGUCUGCUACAAGUGCGCCCAGGCGGGCCACAUCUCCCGCGAGUGCCCGACCAACGAGGGCGCUCCCGCUUCCGCCCCUACUGCUCCUGCUGCCGAGACCGAGGCUGCUAUCCCUACUCCUGCUCCUGUUGCUGGCCCUGAGGCCACCGAGACAGUGCCGGCUGCUACUGCGCCUGCUGCUGCCCCUACUGCUGCCGUCGCAUAA